AUGUCACCUAAAAAGUCUUAUAGUCUUGAAACAGAGUUGGUACUUAACAAGUCCGGCGACCAAUACAAUGCAUCUGUUCCACCGUUGUAUCAAUCCGCGACUUUCAAGCAACCAUCUUUAUCUAAUAUGGGGGAAUACGAUUACACGAGAUCGGGUAACCCAACAAGAACUCAUUUGCAAAACCAUAUUGCCAAAAUUAUGAAGGCCGAACAUGCAUUUGCCGUCUCAUCCGGAAUGGGGUGUCUUGAUGUUAUUACAAGAUUAUUAAAGCCUGGCGAUGAAGUAAUUGCUGGUGAUGAUUUGUACGGUGGCACUCACAGAUUAUUGACUUACUUGAGCAAGAAAGGUGAUAUUGUUGCUCAUCACUAUGAUACUACUAAUACCGAAUUAAUAAAAUCAAAAAUAAAUAACAAGACCAAGAUGAUUUUCUUGGAGUCGCCUACCAACCCUUUAAUCAAAGUGGUCGAUGUCAAAUCGAUUGCUGACCAUGCCCACAAGGCUAAUCGCGACAUUGUUGUUGUUUUCGACAACACUAUGAUGUCUCCAGUGUUGAUGACUCCAUUGGAUUUGGGGGUUGAUAUCCAAUAUGAAUCGGCAACUAAGUACCUCAAUGGACACCACGAUAUCAUGGCUGGGGUGAUCGCCACCAGAUCAUCUUCUUUAGCUGAACAAUUAUAUUACAUUAUAAACUCUACAGGAUGCGGGUUAUCCCCAUUUGACUGCUGGUUGUUAAGCAGGGGUUUGAAAACAUUAGCAAUCCGUGUGGAAAAACAGCAACAAAACUGUAUUAGAAUUGCCAAAUUUUUAGAAAAUAUAGGCUUUAAGGUUAGAUACCCGGGAUUGAAGUCUCAUCCACAAUACGAGUUACAUAGCUCUAUGUGUUCAGGCUAUGGUGCUGUAUUAUCUUUUGAAACUGGGAGUGUCAGAUUACUGGAGAAAAUUGUGGAGAAUACCGAUAUUUUUGGUAUAGCAGUUUCUUUUGGUUGUGUUAAUUCGUUGAUAUCCAUGCCAUGCAAAAUGUCUCAUGCAUCCAUCGAUGCAAAAACCAGAGAAGAAAGAGAAUUUCCUGAAGAUUUAAUAAGAUUGUGCAUUGGUAUUGAAAACUGUGAUGACUUGAUAGACGAUCUAACCAAGGCAUUAUUGAGAAGUGGUGCUGUGAAAGUGAAUGAUAGAGAUGAGUUAUACAAUGCGGUAGGCAUACAACCAAAAUUGUAA